AUGGCAAGCAAAGGACCCACGACUCCUACAUCAACAAAGAACUCCAGUACUGGAGGGACCAGUGGCAGCAGUAGCAGUAAUGGUGCUGGGGACAGUGCUAAUCAGGACAACACUUUUGAAUGUAACAUCUGUUUGGACACUGCCAAGGAUGCAGUUAUCAGCUUGUGUGGACAUCUCUUCUGUUGGCCUUGUUUACACCAGGGAUUCCAGGGCUUUGGGUUUGGCGAUGGUGGCUUCCAAAUGUCAUUCGGAAUUGGGGCGUUUCCCUUUGGUAUAUUCGCAACAGCAUUCAACAUAAACGACGGGCGACCUCCUCCAGCUGUUCCAGGGACUCCUCAAUAUGUGGAUGAGCAGUUCCUAUCCCGCCUCUUCCUGUUUGUGGCUCUGGUGAUAAUGUUCUGGCUGUUGAUUGCAUAAAUUUUUUCCAUUAUUCUGUAUAUUCAUGGCCAACAAGGCCACUGAAACAGUUACAAACUGCUUCCCCAUCCCAUUUAAAACCUCUUGGUGUCUGGUUCCGUAGCUAACGAUGGGCUUCAGGAAUUGGUGGUACCACAGCACAAUGAGGAAUCUCACAUUCUGCACCAGAGUUGGAAAUUAAACAUUGGUUAAAAAGCGUAUUUCAUCUCAGCUGUCUUGUACAACAGGGUCCUGCCACAAACCACGGGCCUAGCUCUGCUCCUAAAAGGAGUGCUGCUUUGAAAUCCUGUGCCAUUCGGUGACACCAGGUGUAUGUGAGAGUUGCCCCAAGGUAGACUGGGCAGGUAAGGAAACUUCGGCAGUGUGAUCAGUAUCUCACGCUUGGCAACCACGAGGGAUCUGCCAGAGCUGUGGAUGGUAGCUAAUGACUUCGCAUCAACAUCCAGCCCUCUUCAGGAAGUCAUCUGCAGCACUGCUGAGACUGUGGGCACAGCAUAUGAUGCAAAUGGAACCAGGUGUGGAGACUGGUUUCUUUUCUUGCUGUUACUUCCUGGCGUGAUGGAAUACCCCUCCUGAAGCGGUU